AUAAUGAAGCGGUUCUAUUCGGUCAAUUUACCAAUUUUUUUGGUCAUUUUCGUAGCUUUUAUACUUUUUGAAGGAACACAAAGUGCUGUGAUUGAACUAGAAAAUACAUCGAAUAAAAUAGAAACAGUAAAUUUAGAUUCCAAAGCCGUAAGUUAUGUAGAAGAUGUCUCAGAUCAACAUUUUUAUGUGAGCAAGGAUGAAUUAAGCUGGUUCUCUGCCAAUUACUUUUGCAAAUCGAAAGGCUGGCGGUUGGUUUCAAUCAGAAAUCUAGAAGAAGCAGUCGAGUUGUUUGGAUUUCUACAAUUUAACAGAUUAACCGUUUCACGUUACUGGACAUCUGGUAAUAGAUUGGCAGAUCAAAAGUCAUGGUAUUGGAAUCUUCAUGACGAGGCUAUGGGUUAUACAAAUUGGGCACAAUAUUACCCAGAAAGCGGGAAGACACAAUUUUGUAUGCAGAUUACUGGUAUGCUGUGGUACAGUUAUGAUUGUGAAAAAAUAUCAAGAUAUAUUUGUGCAAAGAAUUGAGAAGUGAGUCAAGUUUGGCUAGUGGUAAUAAAUAUUCGAAAAUUUACAGCCUUGGCUUGAACGAUUUA